UUAUGAUCUCAAGCAACAAUGGCGUCUUUGAAGGACUUGUGCUGUAGUCUUCCAGUUGAUCCGCUCCCACCGCCGAGAGAACGUGACAAUUCUGUUCCCCAUGCGCCUGUUAGGACUGUAAAUCUUACUGCAGAUGAACGGAGGGUAUGCCUUUUUUUUCUGUGAUUGAAAUCUUUUAGGAUAAGAAGAUCUUGAGGAGAUCUUUGUGGUAACAUUCUCUCUCCUAACCGCUUGCAUUUGCAUGGAUUUCUGUUAUGUAACGCUCAAGCUUUAACUAUUGAUCGACGAAGCUUAUUUUUUUGACGGAGUAUCACAUGAGCAUUAAAAAGUCACGCGUACAUGUAAUUAUGCGUUUUAAUCAUGUUGGAGAAAAUGUCAUAUCUGUUCUGGAAUAGAUUAUUUCUGCACACGUUCUCUUGUGUACCCAAAGUCUAGAAGGCGCAGACCACUAAUUUUAUCCAUCGUUAAAAUAUAAGAUUUCCAUUUAAUUCCAAUUUAAUCAAUCGUUGCCUUCACCAUGCAAAUAACGUUGUCACAAUCGAGUAUCAAUGCUAUCAUUUUGUUAAUUUCAUGACAAAUAUUGAUGUCAAUAAAUGGUUAUAGCGGGUUUCGCCCAUAACGAGUUUCGCACAUAUCGUUUCGCCCAGAACGAGAAUGGUUUCGCCCAGAACAAUAAAGGUUUCGCCCAUAAGUAAAACUUCUACACUCUCACUCGGAAAACGUCAACCUUAUAAACGUUUGUAUGCACAGAAUGAAGAAAAGUGACUUGACCUGAGAUCAUGAAAUUUUGAAACGAACAAGUUACUGUUGAAACGAACAAGUCAAUUAUAGCUUUCACUGUGGAGCGGGGAUUGUUAAGGUAAUUCGCGCACGAAAUACUGCAGAGACGGUUUGUCGUAAAAGCAUUGCUAUGAUUUUUGCAUCACUUUUCUUCUCGAGAAUUAAAUUAAACGCUUUUGAAAACACUUGCGCGUGGAACAUAUCAUCGUUGCAAAUCUUUUGUACACGGAAGAUAAGUUCCGCACGCCAGCUUAUGAAUACAUGUGAAUACGGUUUCGUGAAUACUAAAACAAAGGAAUCGAGAGUUAAAGAUUGUAUUUCUGACAUAGGUAACGGCAACAUAUAAUUGGAAAAGAGAUAGAAACUAGUCAAGUUCAUGAGUGCGCGCGCGUGGAAUAGCUUUACUACUCCGACGAAGCGUGCAGUACGAAAGCUUUAACUUAAAGGAAAUUACCGUCUUGCACAAACAAUCUCAAUCAAACCUUAUCAAUAGAAUUUGAAAAGCUUACUCUUGCAAAAAUAUCUCACCUGUUCGCUUAUCAAUAGAUUUUCACUCUUGCAAAAAAAAUUUCACCUUUUCACUAGUCAAUAGAAUUUGAAAAGAACCGAAAAUUUGAAAAAAUUUAGAUUAUUAUGAACAUUGUAUGAACAGAAAACAAAAGCCCGUUACCGGGCUCAUCUAAAGCAUUGUCUAACCCCCUUUAUAAUCCUAUGUCAGUCUAACCAAUCAAUUUACAGAAUUUCUCCCAUUCUCGUUAUGGGCGAAAGUACAAUAUCAACCAGAUAAGUGGUAAGAAUAAAGAAAAAUAACAAUUUGGAGAUAAUUAGUUGAUCCAAUACUAAAUUCUCUGAUCGAACAUUAUAAGAAUUGUAUGAUUGACAGUAAGGAGAAUUACAAAUUUGAUCUGGGAGUUAAAGGGUUAAAUAAGAGCAGGUGUUGGAAAGUUGACAAAGUACAUGCAUUAAGUUUAGAAAAACAAGAAAUUAAAAUUACAUGUGAAUGUUGAAAUUAAAUUGUUACACUCACUCUUUUUGUAAAAGUAAGAGAAAAUUAAAGGGUCUUUUUUUGAUGCAGAUACCAUAGUUAAUAGACUUCCAGCAUGCCAAGAAAUUACUUAAAAAACUGAGCAGUGAAAAUAGCUUUAAAUAUUGAUCGCCAAAGUGACCGACACCUAAGGACAACACCCUUAAGCAUGUUAGUUUGUAUGGUCAGAAUUCUUUGUCAAGUUUUUUUUUCCAGAAGUUGUUAUCCUCCUUACAUUGUACACUCUUGAAAUCAUGGAAUUUUGAUGUAAACAGUUAUUUCAGAUGAAAAAUUUUUAUAACAGUGUAUUGUCAUUUACUAAUUCACGACAACAAUAUGAUAUUGAUAAGAUAGAUUUCAUUGUGACAUAAUGUUAAACAAAGGCCUAAAUCCUAUUGUUAAGUGAAUAGUGGAGACGCUGUGGCCAAACAGUGAGGGCAAUGGACUCCAAGAAUUCCACAGAUAUUUCUACAGUGUUUGACCUUGGUGGACCAUUCUUUUAUGCUUUGGGGCUAGACACUUCUCUCUCACAGAUAUUCCUUUCACCUAUAAAUGACAGGAUAAGUACUGAGAGGGGGUUAUAACCUGCAAUUGCCUGGCUUCCUAUCCAGGAGGAGUUGUGAUACUGCCUGAUGGCAUGGAAACUAGAUUAGGUCUAACAAGAUAAAUUAAUUUUAUCAACUGAGUUGAUAAUGUAAAUUGGCUACUGAAAAGAGUUUGUAAAGCUGAUGUUUUUACCAUUAGCCCUUUGCUUCUUGCCCUAACAAAGGACUAACGCUGGAAACAUCAAAUCAGUUGAUAAAACCAGAUUAUCUUGUUUUACUCUCCAACCAAAGCAACACCACAGUUUCUUCAGAAACUUACCCCUUUAUCUUAGGCACAAACCAGAUGCAUCAGAGAUUGCAAUAUUUGUUAUGUGUUCAUGCCGAAGCUCAGAAAAUUGAAAGAGUUGAGAGGGAAUCAAAGAGGAUUGUCCAUAUUUUGUACAAACCUAAAAAUUAUUUUGUCAGAGAGGAAAGGGUUUGAAUGAUAACAGAAAAUAUGCAAAAAAAAAACAAGUUAAAACAAAAAUGAAAGAGCAUUAAAUCAGGUGAUUUUAGAAUGUACAGGAUUGUGAAGGAAUACAGAUUUUUAUUGCAUAAGUGGUAAGUUUGACAUUUUGUCUUUUCAUUUACAGUUAGCACUGCAGAAUGCCUUGAGAUAUUUUCCACAUACAUGCCACUGUGUUCUUGCCCCAGAGUUUGCUGCAGAGUUGAGACAGUAUGGACACAUUUACAUGUAUCGGUUUAGACCUGACAUUCAAAUGAGGUAAGUAUACAAUAUUAUGUUUUAAUCAAUGGAAGUAUGUCCAUAUCUGCGAACAUUAGCCAAGUACUUUAGGAUUUUAAUGUGAAUUUUACUGAUUACCUGACAAUAUUAGUCAAUAACCCUAAGAAAAAUAUAAAAAAUUAAAAAGUAUACUGGUAUGUAAAAAAAUUUAGAAAAAGUGUAACAAUUUCAGGGUGUUGGUUCAGUCACAAAUUGCCAUUGAGGGUCUAAAGUGUAAUUAUAAGGCUAUGCUUUUCAUAUGUAGGCGUCUUAAACAGUAUAUGGAUGGGAUCAUUGUGAUAUUUUUCAGAUGCUUUUCUAAUAAAUUUCCCAUACAUUCAUGUAACUUUCGCUUGCAUUAGAAAUUUUCAUGCAAAAUAAAAAUAAGUUAUAUGGAGACUUUGUCUAGAUUUUACAAUUAAAAUGGAAUGGUAUACAAAUUUUGACAGUUAUUGUCAGUGAUUAACUUUUCUUUUUUGAAUUUAUAUCAUGUUUCAUGAUUAUUCAGGGCUUAUCCUAUUGAUGAAUAUCCAGCGAGGUCCAGACAAGCUGCUGCUAUUAUGCUGAUGAUAAUGAACAAUUUAGAUCCCAGAGUUGCCCAAGUAAGCUCAUAUAUUACAUUCAAAAUGGUGCUGCUGUUUCAGAAUGGCAGUCUUGUCAUGGUGGCACUGGAUUGCACAUUGAUAAUUCAGAGGUCAAGCCCUAACCACCUUAAUAAGCUCUCCAUGGGAAAGAUAUUUCUCUUUCACACAAAGCCUCCCGCUACACAGAAUUAUACAUGUAAAUAGCUAGAUAAUGGUUGGUGAACUGCUAAUGAAAAAGUGAUGAAUUAAUAAUUAGAUUGAGGGGGGAGGGUGUGCCCCAUAAUGGACUAGCAUCUCAUCUAAGAUUCACUUUGUGUAGUAGAAACUGGGGUAAGCUUAGAUUAACUGUUAUAUUUCUAAACAUUCACUGAGGCACAAACUUAAGCAACAGAAAGUUACCUUGCACACCCAAUCACACAACUGCAAACAUGCUCUCUAUGUCACAUGGCCCAAGUUUUACUGUGGCAUAACUCCCAAAUGUUAUGCACACACUACAGUCAGAUCUACCAGAUCUUAAUUAUUAUUUUCUACUGGCAUUUUCUCCUUUUUAGUUCCCUCAUGAGCUUGUAACAUAUGGAGGCAAUGGCCAGGUCUUCUCAAAUUGGGCUCAGGUAUGCAAUGCAGAAUCAAUCAGAGGUUUUCAACUAAAGUCAUAUUUUAUUUGUUUGAUAUUAAAAUGAUUGAAGCAUCUACAUCUACUUGUGGUAGAAACUUUCUGUCCUUUUGUUUAGUUCAGGAUUGUGAUGCAUUACCUAUCAGAGAUGACAGAAGAGCAGACACUCAUCAUGUGUUCAGGGCACCCACAGGGAUUGUUUCCCAGUAGUCCUUCUGCUCCAAGAGCUGUUAUUACUAACGGAAUGGUAAUUAAAGCUGAUUAUAUUGUGAUUAUGAUCAUGAUUUUUUAGUAAAGGGUGCUGCGACUGAGUUUACUCUAGCCAAGGCCAGUCAACAUGCUCUAAUCUGUUAACCCUUUAAGUCCUACUAGUGACCAAGACAGAAUUUCUCCUCACACUAUCAGUACAAUUUCAAGUAGACAAGUAAUGAGAAUAAAGAAAAAAUCAAUUAGUGAAUUAUUGGUUGAUCCAAUUCUAAAUUCUCUAAACUAACAUCAUAUGAAUUGUAUGGCAGACAUUAAGGAGAAUUACUAAUGAAAUCUUGGUAGCUAAAGGGUAAUAAUUUAUUUUGUCGCCUGUUGAAUUUAUCUAGGUUAUCCCUAACUACUCUUCAAGAGACAUGUAUGACAAACUGUUUGCGCUGGGAGUGACAAUGUAUGGUCAGAUGACAGCUGGAAGUUACUGUUACAUCGGACCUCAGGGGAUUGUUCAUGGAACAACAGUAAGCAGUACAUAAAUCAUUGAAUUCUAGCUUCAAGUAACUUGCAAAACUCUACAAGCAGUACUCAAGCAAACAUACGUACAUGUAACUCUGCCAUUUCCAUGUCCAUUUCUCGUAUUGGAAUCCGAGACAAAAAAGUAGACAAAUUGUUAUAUUCUGAAAAAGCGUCGUUGUCGGUUUGUGUCCCAAUUAUCUUUUUUUUCUUUUUGGAGCACCUCUUUCCCUGAAUAACUUGCGACCUUAACCCUUUAACUCCUACACGUGACGAACAUAUAACUUCUCCCUUUAAUAUCCAUACGUUAUCCAGCAAACAGGUCAUGAGAAUACUCAAACUUGUCAAGUAGAAAUUACAAUCUUGCUCUAUCACCAAAUUCUCGUAGCUAGCUAACAAGGAAAUGUGUAGCAGCUUAAAGGGAGAAUUAGUAAUCAGAUCUUGGGAGUAAAUAGGUUAAGCAGUCUGGACGGUAACGCAAAGGAAGACUUCCAUUAAAAAAUGAAUCGACAAUUUUUUGCUAGAAUUUCGCAAAUGGCCGAAUGUGUUUACUGUCUCCUAAUUCGGCGCCACACCUUAACUUUAGCCAAAUGGAUGUAAACAACGUUGACUCUAAUUCCAGAUGGAAAAUUGAACUAUUUGCCGUCGGGGUUCCGCUCUCAGACAACGCAAAUUUUGGUGAAUUCACGUUGUUAAUUUCCAAAGGACGGAAACCUAUUGCAACUUGUUGGGUGGUGUUGAAUCAAGUUUGAAAAUGGUCUAAUUUUUGCUGCAACACUUUUGAAGUUGCUCGCGUUUGUCCAGCUCCUUCACAACAUCUCACAACACGAUCCAACUGUGGAAAGUUGCAAGAUGUUUCGUUGAAAUGUUGCGUGCGUUUGACGGGGCCUUGAGGUACAAUGUGGGUCAUUCAAUGAACCUAAUUUUAAAUAUUCCUUUAAAAAGGCUUUAUGACUGUUAUACAACAGUUUGUAAUGGAUGGACAUGUAGCUAAAGAAAUUUCAUGAUUAUUUGUAUGUUUGAUUCCAGAUCGUUGUGUUGAACGCUGGAAGGCGACAUCUAGGAGUCAAUGAUCUUCAAGGAAAGGUACAGAAUUCAGUGAAUGGUACAUUUAAACUGCUUUGUUUAUUUUUUCAUCAAUUUUUACAUGACUUUGAAAAUCAAUGUAUAAUGAUUUUAUUUUAUAAUGAUGGUUGUCGUACGUGUGUUUAUUUUUCUUGUUAUUCUUACAUUAGGUUUUUGUCACCGCCGGUCUUGGUGGAAUGAGCGGAGCCCAGGCUAAAGCGGCUGUGAUUGCUGGUUGUAUUGGUGUAGUGGCAGAGGUACUUUGCAUCACCGUAACACAAAAACUGCAAUACGCUUUUCUAAAUUGGUCAGUUCUCGCUUGUUCAUCUGUCCUCCAAUCCAGUAGUCCAUCUCGGCAUUCAGUUCCUCAAUCCCUUCAAUCAUCUGUACCUCAGUCCACCUAGAUACAGUGUAUCUAUCCAAAAGCUCUACAUUUACCUUUCCCAGCGGAAUCAGAAACCGCAAAGGCUCGAAUCCUUACGAGGCAGACAGAUUUUGUUGUUGAUCCACGCUCGUUACGAAUUCGUACGACUUUCCUCGGCCUUUGCUCUUUUCUUGUACUUUUACAUCUCGUUUUUGUUUAUUAUUCGUUUCCUGUGUAAAAGUUCAUUUCCUCCUUCUUUCGUCAAUCCAUUUAUCGACCCAUUUGUCUGGUUUCCGGUCAACUCGUCACCACAACAAACUCGCCACAACUGAAGGUCAAAUCGCCACUGGUGGUGAUUUGACUCAGACGUUAUUUGUGGCGUCUCGAAUGAAACUUAUAUUAAAUAAUAGCUUAGUAUAGAACCAUACGCGAACAGACACAAACCUGCUUCCCUUUUUUCUUUUUUUCGCUCUGUAGCCACUGUUGCGCCGUUUUACUAACGGAACGCUUGAAACAGGCUACUCUUUACAUCGCUCCAACAGUCUCUUUGUCAGGUCGUCCGAACAUUUUCUUCCUGUUCGCUGUUCUGUUCAGCCGUCAAUUUGUUAUCCGUGAACUUCAGGGAGACUGACCAUAAGUCUUUACUGGUCGCCCUGAAUCGCUGUUUUUAACUCUAUCUUCAGGUCGAUGAAGCUGCAUUAAAGAAGAGACACGAACAAGGGUAAGAUUUUCCUCAUGGUAUUAUUGGUCCAGGCUUUUUGUCACCGCAUUAGCGGACCAAACAAUAUUCAACGUUCCAGGAAGACUUGCACACGAGAGAUUCUGUAUCAAAGUGCCCAAACGGUGACAUGUGCUAUUAAAGUACCUCGUUCCAGGCAACUUUGAGUUUUGCUAAGUGAUAUAUGAUGGGGAUGCCCUUUUUUUUUUUUUUUUUUUAUUCAGGUGGCUCAUGGAAUACUCAUCCAAUGUUGACCAAUGUGUGGAGAUGAUCAGGUACGUGCUACGCACGGCACUUAAAAAAAGCAAAUAACUCUUUUAGAUAAAUAAGGGUUUAUAAAUUUUAUUCUUCCUGAGCUCCUUUUUUCGAUUUUGUUUUAAGGGGAAAUCCUAUGGUGGCCUAUAGCGGUAAAAAAGAUACAAUAAAAUUGACCAGGGAGAUCGGAGAAUUUUAUUUCCUUGUCGGACAGUAAGAUUCCGAAUAGCGAAGCUAUCAUAUGUCUUUGGACAAAUUCACUCAACAGGUGUUGUCUGCGAUUGUAGAUAGAAUCGAGAGCUCUGGCCGGGGUUGUGUUGUGCGCUAAACUAUCACUGGACCUCUCUCCACCCAAGAGUAUUUAAACUAUUUUCUCUCUUAACGUAAAUGACUACGCUAAUUUUUUUUUCAGGAAAGCGCGAGAGUCGAAGAAGCCUUGCAGCUUGGGAUAUCAUGGCAAUGUUGUCGACUUGUGGUAUAUAUUCUUGUCUUUCCUAAACUUCUUUGUUAGUCUCGUUUUUGAAGUAAUAUUUUUAGUAGUCAGAGCCCUUUAAGUUUACGGUCGUGAGUCAGAAAUGAAAACCUUUGUCGAGAUUUCCCUCCAUAAAUCCUUUCCCAUGUUUUACGAGCUUUUCAUAAGGAUUUAAAGGGCGUUUCCUGAAAGAACUUGAUUAACCCUGUAACUCCCAUGGGUGACCAAGACAGAAUUUCUACUUACAACAUCAAUACAAUAUUGAAUAGUGAGAAUAAAGAAAAAUAUCAAUUUAGGGAAAAAUAAGAAAAUCCCAAAACUGAAUUCUCUGAACUAACAUCAUAAGAAUUUUAUGACUGACAGUAAGGAGAAUUACUAAUUGGAUCUGGAAGUUUAAGGGUUAAAUGAGAGCUCAAAUUUAAAUAUACUCAGCAAACUAUUUGACGCGUGUUAAAAAGCAAGUGACAAAUUCGCGAAUGGAUUUAGUUUCGUAUUUGAUGGGUUGUGAAAAUGGCGCAAGUUCUGCUCGCCCAAAACUAGUGCAACUCCGGAUUGUUUUUCAAGCCCUUUAAAACUAUCCUUAAGUACUUCUUUGUUGCUUGCUUACAGGGAGCGUCUUGAACAAGAAUAUGAAAAGACUGGCGAUCUUCUUGUGGAGCUGGGCUCGGAUCAAACAUCACUUCAUAAUCCCUUUAAUGGAGGUUACUACCCUGUUCAGGUUAGUAUCAGCUCGAAAGAAAAUCUCUUUCUCUAGAUCUCGUCUUGCCUUUUAUAAUCUGAUUUUGCUACUCAUGUGUUUUUCGUUGACACAUUUCGUAAAUUCAUGAAGCUUCUUUGGUUGGUUGAUCGUUGGUUGAUCUAGGUAACCUUUGAGGAAGCUAAAAGAAUUAUGAAACGGGAACCAGAAAGAUUCAAAGCUCUCGUCCAAGAGAGGUGAGGAAAUGAGCUUCUUUCUGGUUCAAGCUGUUCAGCUGUUCACUUGUUCAUUGCCAAAUUUUGUCGCUCUAAAAUAAACUUCACUUAUUUUAUGUUUGUACGGUGGGUUUUGUUUUCUUAUGCUUUGGCUUUGCUGUUCUUGCUUUUUCGAUUCUACCUUUGUCUAUUUUAGCGACCUAUUUUGCACUUGCGUUAUAGAAAUCACUAGUUUGGUACAUGAAGUUUUCCUAGACUGAUAUAGCACGGUAAUAGUCUCAACAGACCCUAGGCAGUCGGAACUACAAUGCCGAGAAAGACAUCGUUUUAAAAAAAUUGAAUGUCUAUUUUUAAAUAGAAUUCGCGAAUGGCUGCAUGUGUUUACGUCUCUUACUGCGAAACACCUCAACUUCAGCAUAACGUUUAUAAGCAGCGUUGACUUCCAAAUGGAAACUACGGGGUUUCCGUUUCCAGACCAUGCAUAUUUUGAUGAUUUCACAUUGUUGUUUAGCAGAGGACGGCUAAGAAAUGUACAAAAUUUUAAAACGCACGUGCUGAGUCAUUGUUUUAGCCAUUAGGUUUUUUGUUUUGCCACGUUACCGUCGCCGUCGUGGUUUGCUUAAAAGGAGGUGAAGAAAACCACGCCGAGAACGUCACUAGACAAAAGGUUUAAUGAGAAGAGCAGUGGCUAUCCACGUGCGUUAUAAAUAUUUGUAAAUUUCUAUGCGCCCUCUGCAAAACAACAACGUGAAAUGACCAAACUCUGCGUUCUCUGGAAAACGUGGUCGACGAAGGCUAAUUUUUUAAAUUUCUAUUUCUAAUUUAACGCUGCGUUCCAUAUUCAGUUUCGAGAUAGUUUUGACAGUGAGAAACAAAUUAAAUGACUUUAGAGUAUCGCGAGAUUCUUAAGUAAAACUUAAGCUAAUUUUUUAACUGACGUUGUCCACGGCGUCACCGUCGCCAUUUCUUAAAUUUUGUAAUGUCCCUGAUACAAUAACGACGGUGUGGUUCUAUAUUUUGCCCAAAGUAACGACAAAAGAUGAAUAAAUGUUGCCCCGAAGGUGGCUGCUAAGCUCUAAGUUCAAUAGUAGCUGGUCUGAAAAUGGUUAGAAAGAGCACUUGGAUAGUUACUGUUUAUUGUACCAUUUCAGCCUACGUCGACAAGUGGCAGCGAUUAAUAAACUCACUGAUGGUGGAAUGUUCUUUUGGGAUUAUGGGGAAUUUUACCGGUCGUAGGGAAACCACGAAAACCAAGAUUUAACGGUUUUAUUUAGAUCAAGUCACGAUCGUGAAAUUACAGGUGAUGAAUCUACUUGAAUUGGACAUCCUAUGGAUAACCAAAAUAACAACAUUAAAAUUAACAUAAACAAAUCAUAAAAGGCUAAAUUAAAACUUCUCUUUAAAGAUUGGCUUAAACAUUUGCAGCUGAUUUUCCGUCUAUUAUUUUUUUUUCAGAUUUUUACCUUUUCCAUCAAUCUUGAACAGAUUUUUCCAUAUCGGUUUGUGCCUGUUUGGAACGAAAGAACGAAAGUUUUGUUCAUUAUCUGCAAAGGGACACUAACUUUGCUUUUAUAUGCUGAUGUCAACAAACCAAUAGGGAAAAGAUAAACGUUGUAACUACGAUCGUAACUAGGCACACAAAAUCUAAUUGGUUUUUUAAUCUAAAACUGGUUUUUUUGUUCGAUAUCCUUGACACUAUGUUUUUUUAGAUUUUUCCUUUUCCAUCAAUCUUGAUUUUUCCCUUUUCUGUUUUUUCUUAUCUGCACAGGAGCUGAUGUCAACAAAGAGAGUGCUCCACCAGGCGUUUUCCGUUACCCCUCUUAUGUACAAGAUAUUAUGGGGUAUGAUUCAUGAUGAAUAACACGAAAGAUUAUUCUCAAAACCUUCAAAAUGGUAAUAUUAUUGGUAAUUCAAGCAGUUUAGUGGCAUGCAAGAGAGACCCAAGUAAGACGCAAUUUUCAAGUCAGUUCUCAUAGAUAGCUGCAGUCUUGUCAUAUUUCUUCGCGAAUGGUGCACUGGUGAUUGAUAUGCAUCAAUCUUUAAGAGUUCCUCGUUUUCAUCUUUGGUAUAUGUACCAUAUAUGAAUAAUCUUUUUCCUUCCUUUCUGUCCAUCUCAGGGUACGUUAUUGUGCUGUUCUUUGGUUCAUAAACAAGAUUUGCUUUUUUCUUUUUUUCCUUAGGGAUAUAUUUUCUUUGGGAUUUGGGCCGUUCAGGUGAGUUAAUUACAAGGUGUUACACAUGUAUCGACAAUGAUCAAAAUCACGAGCAAUGACCCUUGCAAUUUAGCUGCAAUUUAUCAUUAUUAAUAAUAUUUAACAGUAACAUUUAAUAUUUAUACAGCGCAAAUUAACAUACAGGAGGAUAUGAUCAAAUGAGCCUAUUAUCAUUAGCGUUAUCAUUAUUGAUGUAAUUCAUCUUAUUUCAUUCUGGAGGUGGGUCUGCACAACAGGCCUGGCAGCUGAUUUAGCGACAACAGACGAGAUUGCCAAAAAAGUCUUCCGAGAAAUUAUUGCGGAAGGAUGUAAGUUCAAGUUCAUUUGUUUGUUUGUUUGUUUGUUGGCUUCACUUUUAACGGGUUUGAUUUUAGGGUAUUAAUUAUUUUCCUUGGUUUCAGUGCCCGCUAAUGUCCAGGCGCAGUAUGAGGAUAAUUUGAAGUGGAUCGAGGAGGCUCAUCAACAUAAUCUGGUUAGACGCGUUUUUCUUUAAUAUCAUUUUUGUUUUUUUAUAAAUCUGCUUGGGUUGCGCUGCUGCAUUCUGAUUGGCUGUGUUACUCGCUAUCUAUGCCAUCGUAGAUAACGAAUAAAGUGAGUUGUCUAACAGUGUGCUAUUUUGAAAAAAUAAAAUAAAAACACGAGGCUGUCUUGUGGCGAAGUUUUCAAACAAAAUCGCAUAUUUCAUACUAAAAGAAUCACAUUAUUCACCCUUGAUUCGUAUCCUUGCUAGGUAACUGGCCCUUGCCCACUUUAAUUAUCACAAGAUAAAAAUCUCGAGCCAUAACUCAAUUGUUCAUUUUGGCACAUUGUCACUAUUUUAAGGAAUACACAGUUAAAGGUGUUUAACACUAACCAGACCUCCCUCUCCCUUUACUCCGCCUCUCCAUCCGCUAUUCAUGGGACGUUAAAUAAUGAUUUAAAGGACGCUUUUCGAUUGAGUGUCGUAAAACCGAAGCUAAAGUUAUCAUAAAAGCCAAUCAGAAGAAAAUAAAAUACCUUUAAGAGCCAAUGAGAACUCAAAGUGAAAAUAACCAAACAACCUAAAGCGCGGGAAAACGCGGACGACCAAGUCGUGAUUGGUUUAGGUUUGCAUCUGAUUGGUUGAGAAAGCGGCGCGAGUUUUCUGGACCAAUCACAGAGCGAAGUAAAGCAAUACCAAAGCAAUCCCAGAAUUCUUUCGACACUAUUGAAAAUUGCCCUAGUGGUACUACGAUGAAUAAAUCGGAUCAGCAAAAGACGUUCACGAAGUGGUGGUUCUUAUUUGAACAACAUUUCCAGUUCGAUUUGAAUAUGGAAGUGCUGCUUUUUGGGAGGGACAAGGUAAAGUACUGAAAAAGGGAAAUUGUGUUCGACUUUCAGGUUGUUGGAUCUCAAGCACGGAUUUUAUACUCCGAUCAGCGAGGCCGCGUUGCUCUCGCAGAGGCAUUUAAUAUGGCAAUACGUGACGGGAUAUUGUCGGUUAGUGGUUUAGCGUUUUGACAUGCAUUUUUUAAACUAUGUAAUGAGCAGUUUAACCCUUUCACUGCCAAGAUCUCUUAAGGAUAAAUUCUCCGCACUGUCUACCAUACAAUUCGAAUGAUGUUAGUUCAGAGAAUUUGGUAUCGGAUCAACUAAUAAUCCACUGAUUGAAUUUUUUUCUUUUCCGUCAUCACCUGUCUACUCAUAUUUUAUUGAUGUUGUGAGGAGAAAAGGAGAAAUUCUGUCUUGGCCACUCAUGGGAAUGAAAUGGUUCAAAGAGUGAUUUUUACAUUUAGUCGCUCUCCUAAGAGGAUUAAUAUGAGGCUACACAUAAUAAUGAUACUAGGCAAACAAACAAACAAGCAACAACAACAAAAAAAAAACAGCGAAAAACCGAAAUAGGCUAAGCUACCCUAUAAUUAAUAGUAGAGUAUAAAGAGGCACCUAAUUUACAAGACCUAUUUCUUCAACACGUCUAUUAAAGCAUGCCUCCUUCCCUGGCUAAUGACUUUAUUUAUCCAUGGUACCUUUCCAGGGUUGUGUUGUUAUCAGUCGGGACCACCAUGAUGUCAGUGGAACGGACAGGUAAACUGAUAGAGCUUUAUCACUGGUGGAGAAUUCUUACUUAACUAAGUGCCCUCUUUUAUUUUGGCUCAUCUGGGGCAUUAUUGUAAGAACCGAUCUUCAUUUCGUAAAGAAGAAAUACUUGUGAAGAAACGUACUGCGACGACAGAUUACGACUAAAAGUGUUCUUUAUUAGGUUUGCAACGAUUUUAUUGGAAAAAAAAAGAAACAUUGAUUUUUCCAACGUGCUUUUGGACAAGCGUUCACAUAACAUGUUCGUUGCUUCCUAAAUCAUCCCUGACUUUCUACUUUUAUGCAUAAUGUUUUGUUUGUUUUUAAGUCCAUACCGAGAGACUUCAAAUGUCUACGAUGGAUCCAGUUUCUGUGCAGGUUUGUGGCUGAAUAGUAAAGCUCUGUUCUUUUGACUUGGAGAACGCAGGAUUUUCUGUUCUUAUGUCUAUUUUUUUUGCGUGUCUGUUUGUUGAUGUUGUUCGUAAAAAGAAUCUUAUGUGGUUGUCACUUUGUUAACACUACACCGUAACAUCAGUAUGCAUAUUCUCCACACUGUUUUUUUACAUUUCCUAAGAUUCUCACAAGAGAAUUUGUUUAACAAUCAAGAGCUUCUUUAGUUGUUUGAUCUAAGAGUGACACCGUAAGGAGAAAUAAGACGUGGAGUCACUCUUAGGGGUUCAAGGGUUAAGAUAACACGUGAUCUAAAUGGUGCAACUGAAAUAGUCAUGUAAAUGUUGCUAUUUCCAGUAUUAAUAAUGUUUGCUUAUAUUUUUGUUUCUUGCAGACAUGGCGGUUCAAAAUGUAAUCGGAGAUUCAUUCCGUGGAGCUACAUGGGUCGCUCUUCAUAACGGGGGAGGAGUGGGAUGGUAAGUUUCAUAACAGGGGAGGAGUGGGAUGGUAAGUUUUCAUAACGGGGGAUGCAGUGGAAUGGUAAGUCUUAAUAACUGGGGUGCAGUGGGAAGGUAAGUCUUCAUAACUGGGGUGCAGUGAGAUGGUAAGUCUUCAUAGCAAGGGUGGAGUGGGAUGGUGAGAUCGAAUAUCUCUGCCUUUCCCUGCCAAGAGAGAAACGCACCGGCAAUCAGUUCUUCUUAGAUGGUAUAAAUGGUCGUGGCUAUUCAGAUGUUGAGCUACUGAUAUUUUGUUUUCUUUUAGGGGUGAGGUUAUCAAUGGAGGCUUCGGUCUUGUCUUAGACGGAUCAGAAGUAAGUUAAGUUGAAGAUUGUUUAGGGGUUUGAUUACCCAAAUGUUCGUGGAUGUUUAUGAUAAAUAACUUCUCGUGCACAUCUGAGUAAGUGCUAUUGCUGAAGGAACACUAAAGGCCUGUUUAUUGGGUUAUACCGGCUUGCGCUUUGAGUAACAAAUUCUUUCCUCUUUUUUUCCGUUCUAUGACAGGAGGCCAGUAAAAGAGCUCAUAUGAUGUUAUCAUGGGACGUCAGUAACGGAGUAAGAGAAGACUUGUUUUUUCUAACCCUCAAAAAGUAAUGAAUUGGUAACGUUGGUAAAAUUUUGCUUACUGAUAUCUGGUAUUCAAUAGCUUCGUCUCUCCUUCCUUUCCCCCGAAUACUUAAAAUCGUGUCCAGAUUGGUGUCUCCAUUCUAGAAUUUCACCUUUAAUGUAGGUCGCUCGCCGCUGUUGGUCAGGGAAUCUUCAUGCCAAACAAGCCAUCUGCAAAGCCAUGAAGGAGAAUGAGUUACUCAAAGUGACAAUCCCUAACUUAGUGGAGGACUUGACUUUAUUGGACAACGCCCUGAACAGUAGUCAAGAAUUGCCUGCAGAUGCAAACUAAGAAAAAGGAAAGAUAACUCUAACAUCAAAUGAAGAGUUCAUCACAGCGAUCUCUUAUUCGAGGGGAAAGAAAUAUAAAAACCAAAAAAAGAAACAAAAAUAAGGGGAAAGUGGUGAGAGGUAUAAAUAAACAUCAGUCUACCUCGCCAAAUAGCCAAAACUCGAGGAAAAUGAGCCGGUUUGUUUUGUGUUGACAAAAUUUGAUCAUUGGGUGAUAAUGAUAAUGGUGGGAAUGAUAAUUGUAAUGUAGCUCUGAACAUACCACGAAGUGGUUCUUCUGAUCCACUGUUUCCAGUUCGAGCUGAAUUUGGAAUGUUGGUUUUU